AGCGGACACCCUAGCUAGGGACGCGAAAGAGUUGUAAGCAACUGGAGCUGGCCGCUUACGGAAAUGUAAAAAUACAGAAAUUGCAGUGCCGGAUCGAGACCUUGAGAUAAGGGGGGCGGUCAUCCAGACCCUUAGAAAAAGGGGGGGAAGAGUCUCCAAAAAAAUUUUUUCGGCCCUUCGGGCCUCACUUUGGUCUAAAAAUAGUAUACACUUAAUGUCAGAUCCCAACGGAAACAGUUAAUUUGGUUUUCCCGAGAGUCCUGAUGGACUCGUGGGACCUCACAUUAAGUGUUUUGUUAUAUUUCUAGACCUUCACUUCAACAGCAACUAAAGAAUAACCAGAGCGAACCAAAACAGUUGACUCGGUACUUAUAACAACACAAAUUUAAUUCUCAAAACCACUGAAUGAAUGAUUUACAAACAAAAGUACUUUCCUUAUGUUAUCUGCAUCUUUUUCCUCCACUAGCUGCUGUUUUUCUUCUGGGAACUUCCGGGAUAACAAUGUUUACUUUUUAGCUUGAGGCUUCGUGUUUGUGUUGUUGUGUUCAUUCACGAAAAAGAAAACUGGCUGGACCUGGCGGUGUUUUUCCCGCCUUCUGUCACGCCACUUUCCACCAUGCUUUGAUCACGUGCUGCAAUGUAUCCCGAGCGGUGUACAUUGUUUAAUGUAUCACGAUCGGGAUACAUGUGAUUUUACUCAAGGCCACGUGACCAAGAAUCAACCAAUGGCAGUCCCUGUUUAGUUGAGUGAAAGUCUAGGAAUAUAACAAGGCGAAUUAAAGCUCGAUUGUAUGGCUAAUCUUUAUCGUAUUCGUAAUCACAAUCAUUAUCAUAACCAUAGCGUUUUAACGUUUUACAAACUCUUGAGACUUUGAGAUUUUGAAACACAUAAUCAGUUGCUACAGGGAGCGAAACUGAGGACGAAUGAUACUGUUUGUAAUUCAAAAUUGUAUUUUAAAAAUGUAUUUUAAUCGUGAUUGGCUUACUAAUGAUGAUGAUGAUGAUUCAAGAUAUUGAACUCUUACCGAAAGCCGCUUAAGAAUCCUAAGACAACACAUGUAUUCAAAGCUUGAGGUGUAAGGGUUUUACCUGUCUUCGUAAAAAGUUGAUGAUGGUGAUGAUGUUGAUGAUGAUGAUGAUCCAAAUGACAUUGCGCUCUAAAUGUUUUGUAACUUUUCCUGUUGCAGGUCUCGCCUGGAGAACUCGUCCCAUUAAGCCUGAAAGCCGUUGAUGAGCUCGGCGGCGAUGUAAUCACAAGCGUUUUUGCGUUUGAAAUCGACCGACUAAACAGCGCACAGAAACUUCUGCUCGAUGACAGUUUGUUUGUGGUCUUUCCCAAUGAAUCUGUACCAUUUUCGUUUCGACUAACAGAAGGCGUAUACAACAAAAGACGUAAGAAGAACCGAACGAUUAUGUUCACAGAUGUAUACUCGACGCUAAACAACUCACUUUCUGUCGAAUUGGAAGUAAGAGAUUGUCAUCCCGGAUUCAUCUUCUCGGAUGAAAAGUGCGUGUGUAAUACAAAGCUGGAGGGUGUGGAGAGGUAAGCGCGUGGCAAGUCGGGAGAAAAACCGUGUACUGAAGUCCGAAACAUUGAAUUUGUUUCAAAACAACCGUGUCAAUUCGUUGUCUUUACUUUUUUGUCACUCCAAAUCAAAUUCGGUGUCCAUCCCUGUAUACUUUGUUGAUUGCAUUCCCUCCCCAUCUAUUUGCUUAUUUCCUUGCGUCCGGUUAUUUGCUUCAAACUCCUGAUAACUCGAACUUUUUUUCUAUUUCCCAAGAAGGUUCGAGUUCUCGGAAGUCGACAGUACUUUUAGAAAUAUGUACAACGAUAUCUUUUUCAAAUAAGCUUAUUACCUCAGGUGAUAAUUAUACGUUACAAAUUCAUUAUUUUACCCUUGGUGCUGGAGUUUUCUUCUUUCCUAAUCCAUGGCGAACCACGGUUUGUCCUAGGCAUUUCGAGAAUGGAGCUCUGGAAUCAUUCCCUGCAGUCGAUGUGUGUUUAAUAUCUAGACGGGAGGGAAGAUAAAAUUAACUGUUUAGCACCAUGUAAAGGGAUCCAAGACAUUCUUGGACUGUGGAUUCCACCCCGUAGAUUCCGGAUUCCAGGUACUGAAUAACGGACUCCUUAUCUGUGAAAUUCCAGUCUUUAGCUGGAUUCCAAAGCGCAGGAUUCCGGAUCAACAAGCAAAAAUUCCCUGGUCUCCGGAAUCCUACUUACCAUUUACAUGGGAAGACCGGAAAUUCCGGUUGGAAAAUCAAAUGGUUCACGCUAUUCCGUAUGUGAAGCGUCAGAUAUUAUGGGCUGCGAUUCUAGGCGAUGCAAUUUUUCCACUCUCUCACGUCUGUUCAGUUGAUUUGGAUAAAUUUUGUAUCGAGACGGUCGUUCUCCCACCACUUCAAAUUUUAUUGUUUUAUGUUUUAUAAGAUUUUUCACCGGAGUAGUUUGUGCAAUGGUAAGCACCUCUUACAUGGUGCCGGGCAUGGUGCGAACUGUUGGUGCCAUGCAAUAUGUGUAGGAGCCAAUUCCUAGCUUGCUCGAGUGUUAACACAUCUCUUUGUCCUUUAAAACAAUAGAUGCGAUAAUGGUAGCAAAGUAUUCCUGAGAGAAGGUUACUGGGGAAACUCGACGAGCAGUGGAGAAUUCGUGACCUACUUCUGUCCAUUCAACUACUGCAAAUGUUCAAAAAUGCCAGGAUUGCCCGGGUGUUUAUUUAGUGCUGAGAACAGUGAUGGCCAAUGCGCUGAUAAUCGUGAAGGGUGGAUGUGCGGAAAAUGCAAAGCCAACACUAGCGUUGGGUUAAGGCAGGUCACAACUACAUAAAAAAGUAUAUAUUUAAGCAAUAGAAAACGUUUUUUGUGUUUGCAUAGCCUGAUAUAAACACGAGGGGGGCUGGGGGAAUUCGAGACAGUUAUGCAAACCUAAGACGAAGUUGAGGGUUUGCAUAACUGUCGAGAAUUCUCCCAUCGCCUUGUGUGUUUAUAUCAGGCUAUGCAAACACAGGAAAAAAGUUUUCUAUUGCUUUUGUAAAAUUAUUUUCCCGAGAGAAAAACGCAAAACUCUUUGUAUGGCACUGAUUAAAAGAGAAAUUCUUACCAGUAGCAAAAUCUUGUCCACGAAGUCUUGCACGCGAAAUCAGUUCUUAUUUUGCAAAAAGAUGCUUUGCAAAAUACGGAUUUUUCUUGCUUAAAAUGUCAGCUUAAGCGACGAAAAAUUGACUUACCUUCUUUCUAACGAUUUUCCAUGUUUCAGCCGACGAAGGAAUGGGUAAAUACAGUAAAUUUGUCGAGUUUUGAACUCGAAAACUUUUUCAAAUUCGUACUUGCAUGAUAGACCUAUUCGGCUAACUCAAUGUUGUACCCAAUUCAAACCCCUUAGGAAUAAAACGGUUUGUUUCAGGAAUUUUCAUAUGAUUUAAAUGUGAAUGCAGCAUUAUAAUGCAAAUGCAAUACACAAAGAAUCUUAUCCCCGGGAGAUUUGAAUUGGCUACAACAUUGAGUUAGCCGAAUAGGUCUAUUAGCGUGCGAAAAGCCAAACAACUUGACGCCACAACCAUGUUUACAAAUGUCUACAUACUCUCAUGCAAACACUACUCUCGGCCAAUCAGAGCGCGCGUACUAUCUUAGUUAUUUUAUAAUGUACAAUAACUGAGCGAUUUCUUCCGCGCCGAUUGUUCGAGAGCUGUGGUAUAUAGACGGAAUGAUGUAGUCUGAGCACAGGUGGCCCAGGCGCACCAUGUGUGGGUUCGGGCUUCAGAGGUCAUUUGGUCGGAAUAUACUAGAAUUAUUAGUAUAUUAUCUGAUGCUAAAUAAAAGCAAAAAUCUUAAAGAUAUGAAGUCUUCUUGUUUAUCUAUCUGUACUAGUAGCCUUUAAGAUAACGAAACAGCCGACAUUGUGCGACGCCACCCCCGCGAAAUGACGUUCAUAGCCACUCUGUGUCCUACGGCCGGUUUAAAAGCCGUUUAGUCGACUUUCUUUCCAUCGAGUACUGAACACUGUGUUCUCGAUGGAAAGAAACUCGUUGACGCGUCACUUCCCAGAUCUGGGUAGUGCUUUUUUCUGAUUGGUCGAAGGAUGUGAUUUUUCAGCCAAUCAGAAGCGUUACUUAAAACAGAUAGAUAAACAAGAAGAAAUCUUUGACGCAUCAGAUAAUAUACUAAUAAUUCUAGUAUAUUCCGACCAAAUGACCUCUGAAGCCCGAACCCACACAUGGUGCGCUUGGGCCGCCUGAGGUCUGAGAAAACAGCCGACAUUGUGCGACGCCACCACCCGCAAAAUGACGUCUGAGAAACAAGUACAGAAAUUCCAUACUGUUGACGCGUCACUUCUCAGAUCUGGGUAGUGCUUCUGAUUGGUCGAAGGACUUUUUCAGCCAAUCAGAAGCACAACUGUGAUCUUGAAAGUGACGCGUCAUCAGUAUGGAAUUUUUGCGCUCGUUUGUCGAUCAGACGUCAUUUCGUGAGGAAACCUGUGGUGGCAUCGGGAAACGUCGUCUGUUUUCUCGGCUAGGACAGAUGGCGCGAUUUGUUUUUCUCCGAUCUGUUUCUCUCGCACGAUUUUCCAAGAAACUUCGUCGGAAAUGGAUGCUAAACAAAAUGUCAAUGUUGUUGUAAAAAAGGGAAUUGAACAAUGAUUUUCCAUGGACUAUGCCUUUAUUCACUUUGCGGGUAAUGAAAUCCAGAAAACGGAAGAGCUUGCUUUGCAAGCAUUGGUUAAACUCGGCUACUAGCUUAUUUUCAUCAUUGUUUACUAUGUCUUUUAACUUGAUGUUUACCAAUUAUGAAACAAUAUUCUUUUUUUUACAGGCGAACUGAGUGCAUAGAAUGCUCCAAGUCUGGAUGGGUGCUAGCUUUGGUUAUUCCUAUUGUGAUAAUUUUUUGUGUCGUCGUCAUCUGGCUCAAUCCCGGCAUAUCUAGCGAGCUUAGAGGACCGCUGUUUUUCUACCAGGUCCUGCCCUUCAUCGUUGAUCCUAUCGAGAAAUAUACUUACAUUUUUCUAGCAACGGACAUAUUUAACUUUGGAGGCCCUUUCAAUUAUUUCCUUAACACCUGUCUCGUUCGGGGAAUAAACAAUUUAUACGCCAUUACGUUUGGCUACGCUGUUCCUUUCUUAGUCUUUACCGUGUUUUUCCUGGCGUACUUGUUCAGUCACCGUUUGACGUUUAAUCUGCGCCGACGCUCUAUGCUGCGGUCAUUUUGGUGCCUCCUCCUCCUCGUUUACAACUACCUGGUGGAGACGUCAUUUCGGAUCCUGUUCUGUCCAAACGUUGCCCGAAAUUACGUUUUCUUUUACGAUGGCAGCAUUCAAUGUUUCCAUGGCAGCCAUCUACCAAUAGGAAUAAUUGCCAUAAUCGUGUUAGUGGUACUUGUCAUCCCACCGCCUAUAGCUGUAUUUCUUUUAACUAAUGGCUACUGGAGAGUUAAACCGCAAUGGAGUGAUACACUGACUAACAGCCUGCGCCCCAAACGCUGUUGGUGGUGGUCAGUGGAUUUAUGUCGAAGAUUACUCCUGGUUGCUAUUUAUGCGUUUGUUGCAAACUGGAAGAUUAAGAAGGUGAGAGAAUAAUGGCAGCUGACCAGCUACCCCUCCCCUAAAUGACAAGUAAGUGUUAAUGUUGACUUGGGGGAGGGGUAGGUGGUCAGGAACCCAGAAACCUCAAUUGAUCUCCACUCUACCCUGAAACGUUAAACAGUUUAAGCAACCGUGAUGGCGACGACAACGAAAAUGUCAAAAAACAUAAAAUAAUAUAGAGUUUCCACAUGACGUUACUUCCGCCAUGUUGGUGUUCCAAACUGAUCCUGUGGGAGUUGAACUCUUUUCUUAAUAUGUAAACGCUUUCUUUUGUUCCAAUAAAAUAACGUAAUGUAAUGUUGGCCACGUGAGUUUGGUUUGUGACCACGUGACAAGGCGGCCAUGUCGAGGGUCAAUACAAUAUAAUUUUACCUCGAAGAAUUUACAUGAAAAUAGAGUUUAGUUCCCAGAGGAGAGAAAUGCUUUUGUUCUUGAUCACCAACAUGGCCGCCCUGACGUCACGUACAAACCAGCAAAACUCUGCACGUUUAUCCACUUUUUGGUGGCUUUUUGCCUCUUGCACAGCAUAGGCUAGAGGAUUUAGACAGAAGAGGGCGGAAUUCAAACCGAAGAAAAUCCAUUUACAUUUUACACAAAUUGAGUGAGUUAUAAUAAUCGCUCUCAAAGAACCCGACAUGUAUUUAAGGCCUUAUGGCUAUAUGUACAUAGAAUUGAUGGAGAGACGUCGAAGGCCAGAUUGGUCGAGGGGGAGGGGGGGAGGGGGGCGGGUAUGCUAGACCAAGGACUUCUUCCUUGCUAGGCCCUGCCCCAGCCAAAUAACGCCUGGCGUACUUAAGGCACUAGCGUUGCAUCAUAGCAACUUAAACUCUUUUGUAAAAACAAUCAAAACGUUUUGAUCUCCCAAAGAUAUUCCUAUCAUUUUUCUAGAUUCUAAUGACUGUCGCCUGCAUGGUAAUCCUUGCUGUACACAGCAACUGCCAACCUUACAUGCGACCACGUGCCAACUACGCCGAAUCUGUGUAUUUGCUAGUGCUCUCCAUACUGGCAAUGAUGCAAACUGUUGAGGACCAGGAAACUGCGUUCUACGUCUGCCUGGUUCUUUUCAUCACCGCUGCCAUUCACACGUUUGGGGUAUUCUUCUUAAAGGCUGGGCUCUUUUGUCGAAGGCGAUUUAAAUGCUGCACAGGCGAGGAGACACCAGACGAUCAAAGGCAUAGAUACCAGGAAUUAGAAAACACUGAAAAUGAAGAAAGACGGGACACCGAAAUUGAAAGACGGAGAAGCAUUUUGGAUACGAUCCUCAGUAAACCUGCAAGAGUCUCGAAUUGUGGUUAGUCUUUUUGUGCAUCCUUUCCACCUCCCCAAACCACCUUGUAUAGUAUAACACUUGAGGAAUUCAUCCAUAGAAUUAAGGGUUACACGGAACCACCUUGUACAGCAUAAUGAACAGCUAGGAAAGUACUAAGAUAAGAUAAGAUGCAUUAUAAGUGGCGCAUACUCUUAGCUACAUGGAUUAGCUAGAAAAAAAUAAAACUUCACCAGCUAAUUCACAGGUAUGCCACUGUAAAUGAAACAUUCAGGUAGAAAUUAAUAUGAUUAAAACAAUAUAAAAACUAUUUACAAUUAAAAUUGAGUUGUCACACAUAAACUAUUAUUAAAACUUAUUUACAAAAUUGAUUAAAAAGACGAUUCGUCGAUACUGAAUUAAUGACUCAUUUUCUAUAACAGUCUUUUCAAUGUUUUAAAAUCGGACGACGCUCUUACGACAUCAGCCAAGUUGUUCCAGAUCUUGGGCGCAUGAUACCGCCAGGAAUUGAGUCCAAAGCGUGUUGUGUUGUCCUUGGGCACUUUUAAAAUGUCCUUUCCUCUCAUGGCAUAUGUUUUUUCUCGUAAUGAGAGUAACUCAUUCAAGCUUUCCGGGUUCGUAUUAUUAUUUACGAGUUUAAAAACAGAAUAGGGAAUUUCACACAAUCUCUACUCCAUCAAGGUUUUGCUACCUAAAAGAUCAGUAUGUGUAAUCAAAUGGUGACGAGUGAAAUUAGGGAAUAUAAAUUUCACGCGCGUUUUGUCUAAAUCCUAAUAAUUUCCCGAGCCUUUAGGCCUAUUAACUAUUAAUUUCAUGGGUGACGAAUUACGUUAGCAAUCUUGGAUUUUUGAGAUGUUUAUCCUGGAUCGUAUCGAUCGAGAACUCUACUCUCUCAAAUGUUUAGACCUUAAAUUUGGCUUAUAAAGUUCAGAAUUUUUCAGACGUUUUCAGCAAAAUACCUGUUAGAGUCCUUCUCGAUGUUCUCUUGUGUGGCGUUUUUUGUGCCCUGACAUCUUCAUUCACGGCAUUUUGAAACUUCGUCGCCAUCUUGACACUGAGACGUACGGAAGGUUUCCAUGGCAAUUUUGUAAUUUCACAUGUGAAAUUACAAAUUAACGCUGAAAUUUCGCGCCAGAAUUAAGGAGGAAUUCGUCACCUAUGAUAUUAAGUAGCUUAUUUGAGUAGCCACGUCUUAUCCACAGACAUAAAAGAAAGAACGUUAACCAUCUUUUGGAGUAUAAGACACCGCGGAUCAUUAUACCGUUCUGGGAAACUUCCCACCUACCCCUCCCCUAAGCCAAUAUUUUGCCCUCCGCUCAGUCACUCGAUGUAAGGUAAUCCGGAUUUCACAAUUCGGGAAUUUUUUUCUUGUAGAAUCCGGAAUUCAGCUCACGGAAUCCAGAAUCCGGAAUCCGGAAUCCGAGUUCCGCUAAUCCGGAAUCCACAGCGUGGAAUCUAGAAAUCCAAGACUGUCUUGGAUUACCUUUCAUGCCGGAAAGGCAUUAAGUAGAAUAGAAACGACUAAUAUCUGUGGUAUUUUUGAUCCCCUUAAAAUGCCACAAAACUCUCUAAUCAUCUUGUUUUGUUGUUGUUGUUUUAUAGCUUCAGACGCGAACAGCUCUGCGCGGCCCGAAAUCAUCGACAGAAGUGACUCAACGUCUCCCGGCGUCGCUACUUGCUACUAAAGAACAGGAACUAAAAAUACAUGGGCACGUUUGCAACUCCAUAACAGUGUAAACAUUCUGAACUUAACUUGGUGGAUGUCCCCACUCUGCUUUCAUAAACAGUUUCCUGCAAAUGUAACCAAGUUUUGAGUAACAAACCCUUAGGUGUAGCUUGACCACGGAAAGCACAUGCAGCGGCUGUUAUUUCAAGCUUGAAUAGGUUUAGAAUCAUAUGUGUACAGUUAUUAGUAUAAUGUAUUUGUUUACUCAACGUUUUUUUGCAUGCUUCCAUUGGAGUCAGGACCUUGUAGCACAGUUAGUCUGCGCUCAUCUCACUCCUGACUACCGUGAAUUUCCCACCAUUCCUUAGAGGAAAUUAGAAUGCUGUAGUCAGCUGUGCUCAAUUACUGAACUUUCAAAUACAGAGUUUGGCUAGGCCACCUGUGCUGCCACGAUUGUUCUCCGAUAUGAAACUUACUAGCCUCUUGUCUAAAGUGGCUUCAUACAGCAUUUGCUUUACAACAAAGAUAACGGCAUUUAUCCGCUCUUGCUAAUUGUAGUGUACCGUGCACUUUUAUGCUUGGUAUAAAGAAGUUAUUUUCUGG